AUGGACGGGGGUACAGAUCCCCCUAGAAAAAACUGGUUUAAAGGGCUACCUCCUGAGGUAAUCCUUGACCAGAAUCAAAACUCCAACAAAAAACCCAAGCGAAAGCGCCCAAGCGACGACUUUCCCGAACCCCCAGUCAUAAAUAAUGACAAUAACAUCCCAAGAUUUAUAGUUGUGACAGGUCUGGAAAAAACAGGUGAAAAUAUUCGUUCUCUUUCAUCGUAUAACCCCAUCCAAAUCAAUAGAGGUCUUGAAUUUAUCUCUAAAGAUAUCUUGGAGGUUAAAGCCAUGAGAUCUGGAGAUCUUCUCCUUAAAGUGCUUAAUGUUGAGACUGCCAAUAAAUUCCUAAAAGCCAAACUCGUGGAUUCUAUUCCAGUAAAAGUCACAAACCACCUUAGCCUGAACUCUAUUCAAGGAAGAAUAUACUCCAAACAUAUUGUAGAUAUCAGCGAAGAAGAGUUAUUGUCUGAAUUGAAAAAAUUCAAGGUAAUUGAUGUCAAGAAAAUGAUGAGAAAGCAAGACGAUUCAUUGGUGGCAACCGGUGCAGCUAUCUUGACUUUCGACUUGAUUCGGCGACCCAACGAAGUGAAAAUUGGAUGGGUUAAUUGCAAAGUAGACGAAUAUAUACCCAACCCCAUGAGAUGCAUAUCUUGCCAAAAACUUGGACACACCAAGAAUAGGUGCACAGGUGCUCCAUUGUGCAAAAACUGCUGUCUUCCACCACCGCACGAUAGUUGCACACGUGUUUUUUGUCUCAAUUGCAACACAGAAGGCCACACUCCAAGUGAUCCCGCCUGCCCUUCCUUUCUCCGAUAUAAAUCCGUCAACAAAAUCAAAAUUGAUCGCCGGUGUACCGUACGGGAUGCUUGGCAGAUAUUCAAUGACAACCCUUCAAUACAUCAGCUCCCCGCUCCAAAGAAUCGUAAUUUUGGCAGCUCCACAAUGGCAGACAUAAUAAAAACACGCAUAGAAAAAACUAAACAACAACAUGCACUUAACAACAAAUUGAAAAAUACCACUGCAUCUCCUCCUACUAAUGAACUAUUACAAACUGCAUCAUCAUUAACUUCAAUCGUACUAAGCAAUGACAACGAAACGUCAAACGACAGAAUUAAUCUGUCUCUUUCACCAAUUUCGGACUCCGAAAAUGAUGCUGAAAUGGAAGCUGGUGGCUCUGAGAUACCAUCUCAGUCAUCUGUAACCUCUCCUGCAUCAAAACAAACUCUCUUAAAUAAAUCAUAUGACAGAACUCUCUUAGAUCACGAAACCAUAAACACUCCAAAUACAUUAAUUACAUCCACAAACCAUAAUCCAUCACAAUGA